AUGUAUCCGAUCAUACCUAAAAAAGUCUACAUGAUGCUUUUCCCCUUCGUCGGAUUCGCCUUGGGUACUUACUUAGAUAGAAAAGAAACGGAAAGGCUGUCGUUUUUCCGCGACAAAAGCGCCCUGUAUGGUCGAACCUUGAAGCCCGGCGAGCCACCAAGCUGGCCUUAG